AUGGCACUGAGCACGGCGAAGGAGCGUUUUAUCACGGGAACUAGGAUUAUAACUAUCUGCGAUGGUGCACUUAUUAAAAAGGACUUCGACGACGACUUCUAUCCAAAAAAUGGUAUCGUUGUUGCUCAGGACGUGGCCGUGAAACGACGUCUGUUUUGCGACCAACUGCCCCGCGAAUUGUGGCGGCGCUGCAAGGACGAGCUGCUCUGUCUGAAGUGCGCGAAGAAGUACAGCGACUGGCGGAGCCUCCGGAAACACAUGAAUUUUUUCUGUCAAAUGGAGCCGCUGUAUCCGUGCCCGUUUUGCACCCACAGAGCCAGGAUACCGACACUGCUGAGAUAUCACGUGGCGCGCGAGCACACCGCGCCCGUGUCGGUCGAGGAGAUCUGGCCGGACUUGGGCUAUCUGUUGGACGACGCGUCGGACCAGUCCGGCAAGCCGAUCUUCAUCUGUCCGCGUUGCGGCAAGGGGUACACGUGGAAGGCGAGCCUGCAGCGCCAUCUGAGCACCGGCUGCGGGCUGCCGCCGAUGUUCUGCUGCAGGAUAUGCGAGUACAGGACCAGCCGCAAGGACAUUCUGUUCAGGCACAUGAGACACGUGCACUCGCAGUUCCCGGCUUAG